ACCAGUUACAGAGGAAAGCAAGCGAACGAGCUGUUGGGGUCUGAUGUUGCAAUAUUCAUACAAGGAGAAUAUUGCUUUUGUGAAGUGACACACACCCCUGUUAUUUUAAUAUUCUUAAAUACUUUACGUGGUUGUUGAUAAAUAACAGCUCGUUUGCACUUCUACUGUUUAUACGCUGUUAAAGAGACAGAAAUACACAAAAAAGCGAGGAUGUUGGUCCCCGCGGGAAGAUAAUGAAGAGGCUGCGCGUUUUGUUGGUGUGCCUCAUUGUAGCUCUCCUGUGCUGGUACCCCGGUCAUUAUGUCCAUUGUUCAGCACAGAGCGCCUCUGGCCCAGUACUCUCUGCACAGGAUGGAGGCCCCCAGGCAACGGAGCAGAAGGAGGAAGUCGCUUACGACAAGGUGGAAGAGUCAGGGAGGACGGACAGUCAGUCAUCGUACGACGUGGGGCUGGAGUCCGAGAGUGCAUCACUAGAGGACCAGCCCACAGGAGACGCCUCGAAGGAGGACGAGCACGAGCAGACUGUGAAUCCAGAGGAGCAGCCUGUGGUGGUGUUGGAGCAGCAACAGGAAGUGGAGGAGGUGGUGCUGAUGGUGGAGGAGGUGCGGUCUGAGCCAGAGCAGCCCGUCACUGAGCCAGAACCAGCCGCGGACCCCCAGCAGGCCCAGGACUCUCUAGCGGCCUCCCACACGCAUCAGCCCGAGCCAGAGGUACACGCCGAACUGCCCCCCCCAACCUCUACGGACCAGGCCUCGGCCUCCACCUCCACCUCCACCACUACUACAACCUCUACUGCUGCUGCCCCUAAAGACCCCGAGCCCCAGGCGGAGCCUCACAGCGACGCCCCAGCGACCCCCGAGCACGCUGCCGAAGUCCCAGGCGGAGCACCUACCUCAGUCCCCUCGCCCGACGCCCCAUCCAGUGCACUAGAGGUUCCCAGUGCUGCUUUCCCCAUAGAGAGCUCUAGUGCCAGUGAGUGUGUGGUGGGUAUCCCGCCCACCGGGGUACCCUCCUCCAGCGAACCCCUUGACUUUGGCAGCACACUCACAAGUGAUGUGGAGAAUAUGUCCAUCACGCUGGGUCGGGGGACAGGGACCAACGCUGACCUCCCUCCCCCUCUGGAUCUCGUCGUGACAGAUCCUGACCAGAGUGGAAACGCAUCUCUGAAGCCAGAGGAGCCCCAGGUGGUAGAUUCCUCUGGCUCCAGGGAAACUGACCCUUCUGUGCCCAGCAAAGAGGACAUCCCCACAUUUGAUGAGUGGAAGAAGAAGGUGAUGGAGGUGGAGAAGGAGAAGAGUCAGUCCCUACACACCUCCUCCAACGGGAACCCCCACCCAGUGAAGAAGGUCCAGAAGAACUUCAAAAACAAUUACGCCUCCGUGGAGUGUGGGGCUAAAAUCCUGUCUGCCAACAGCGAGGCCAAGAGCACGUCGGCCAUCCUGAUGGAGAACAUGGACAUCUACAUGUUGAACCCCUGCAGUAACAAGAUCUGGUUUGUCAUUGAGCUCUGUGAGCCCAUCCAGGUGAAGCAGCUGGACAUUGCCAAUUUCGAGCUCUUCUCGUCCACACCUAAAGACUUCCUGGUGUCCAUCAGUGACCGGUACCCAACCAACAAGUGGAUCAAAUUGGGAACGUUCCACGCCCGUGACCAGCGCACUGUCCAGAGCUUCCCAUUGGACGAGCAGCUCUACGCUAAAUACGUCAAGAUGUUCAUCAAGUACAUGAAGGUGGAACUUCUCUCCCACUUUGGGUCAGAGCAUUUCUGUCCCCUGAGCCUGUUCAGAGUGUUCGGGACCAGCAUGGUGGAGGAGAUCGAUGAGGCCGAUUCCCAGUACCCCGCGGAGAGGCUGGAGUACCCGGACGAGGAAUUCGCAGAUGACGUUCCUGGCUACAUCCCAUCUGAAGACAAAUCCUCAAAGAACCUGCUGGGAUCUGCAACAAAUGCCAUCCUGGACAUAGUGAAUAACAUAGCUGCCAACGUGCUGGGGGCAAAGCCAGAGCAGGAAGGAGGAGCGCACAUUGAAGGGGACGCGUCAUCCGGCGCUGACAACAUCACAGAAACGGCAUCUGAGAUUUCCGUCAGCCCCACUCCAACCCCCACCACGCCCCCUGUGCUGGAGGUCUCCGAGGCGGAGCAAGCGGUUCCCAAGGACGACCAGGCCGUCCCGCUUCCCGAGACCCCCGCGGACUCUGCUCACCCCGAGGGGGGUCAGAUCGUGACGCUGGUCCAGGACGAGGAGGAGGAGCAGUCGUCCCAGUCCACCGUCACGCUGCUGGAGGAGGAAGAGGAGGGAGCGGAGGAGGCAUCGUCGUCCUCGUCCUCGUCGUCGUCGGCGCCUCCCGAGACUGAGGAGGAGCAGCGUCGGCGCGAGGCGGCGCAGCGCGAGAGCCUGUUCUACUGCGCGCACCUCUCCACGCUCUCGUGCCUGGCCUCGCUGCAGGAGAAGCUCUGCCGCUGGUGCUCCGUCACCCUGGCCCUGCAGCGGCAGCGCAAGGACCGGCAGCACCGGGCAGCGGCGCGCGGAGCGGCCAGCAAGGGGGGCGGUGGCGGUGGCGGGGAGUCUACGGCCUCCUCGCACGUGGCGCCUCCCCCUGCCCAGCAGGCGGCCGUGCCGGCCCCGACCCCCACCCUCGCCCAGGAGCAGCCGCCGGGGCAGCCCGCGUCCGAGAGGCUCCCGCAGGCCGAGCCGGCGCAGGGCGAGAGGGCGAGCCCCACGGACGCCUCGGACUCGGGCGCCGGCCACCAGGGCGAGGCGGCGGGGGCCGCAGAGCGCCCGUCGGACCCCCCCAUCCUGCUGGAGCCCAGCCGCACGUCCACGCUGCCCCCCCACAGCUUCUCGGACGGCUCCCUGGCCAAGCCCACCCCCACGCAGGACAUCCCCGAACGGCCCACCGGCGAGCCCCAGGACCAGCAGGACCAGCAGCAGCAGCAGCGGCCGGGCUACCUGGAGCAGGUCCCCAAGACCCAGGCGGAGGGCCACCGGACCAGCAGCAGCCCCCCGCACCUCCACCCCACCCUCACGGCCACCUCCGCCGGACUCUCGUCCACCCCAGAGGCCCUAAGCCCGGAGACGGACUCCCCCAGGCUGGACCCGCCCCUGGACAGCAGCUCCCAGCAGCCCCUGCAGCCGCUGCUGCCCACCCACACGCAGCCUGCGGACAUCAUCGCCCCUCCCACGGAGCUGCCCGCUCCCCCCCCGCCGGAGAGCGCAGACUCGGGCAGGCCCGGGGUCGAGGAGCUGCCCCACCACCGGCCCCUGAGCCCCGCGCCUCCUCCCCCCCAGCAGCAGGAGGUCCCGGAGGCGCCCGCGCCGCACGCCGACCACCGUGUGGAGGAGGCGGUGGAGGAGCUGCUCCUGAGCGUCCCCGCGGCGACCGGACACCACCGGACCGCCACCGACUUCUACGCCGAGCUGCAAAACACAGCCGACCUGCCGCACGGCAACGGCAACGGCAACCUGGUGCAUGGCUCCAACCAGAAGGAGUCGGUGUUCAUGCGGCUCAACAACCGCAUCAAGGCGCUGGAGAUGAACAUGUCGCUUAGCAGCAGGUACCUGGAGGAGCUCAGCCAGAGGUAUCGGAAACAGAUGGAGGAGAUGCAGAGAGCUUUCAAUAAGACCAUCAUCAAGCUGCAGAACACGUCGCGCAUCGCAGAGGAGCAGGACCAGAAACAGACGGAGUCCAUUCAGGUUCUGCAGAGCCAGCUGGAGAACGUCACUAAACUGAUGCUCAAUCUUUCGGCCACAGUAAUCCAGCUGCAGAGAGAGGUGUCGGACAGGCAGAGUUACCUGGUGGUGUCUCUGGUGCUGUGUCUGCUCCUGGGGCUGCUGCUCUGCAUGCAGUGCUGUCGAGGCUCCUCCAAUCACAGCAGCACCAGCACAGCUGUGCCCAUGACCAACCAUUACCCCAGCCCAAAGAGGUGUUUCUCCUCAUAUGACGACAUGAGCCUGAAGCGCAGAGUGUCCUCUCCUCUGGUGCGCUCCAAGUCCUUCCAGAUGACUGCCACAGAUGUAGGUCCUGAUGACUUGUACAUUGUAGAACCUCUAAGGUUUUCUCCAGAGAAAAAGAAAAAGCGCUGCAAGGUGAAGGCCAGCGAGAAGGCGGAGACCCUGAAAGCCUCGGCUAUCACGGCGGCGCCCGCACCCAUCUCUAACGGUGCGCCCAAGUGCAACGGCACCGGCGGCGGCCUCGGCGGCAGCUACCCUCACAGCCUGCACUUCCUGCCGUGCCCCGAAAUCGGCGAGCUCUCCACCUGCUCGUCCAGGGCCUGGUCCGAGGUGAGCUCGGAGGGCUCGUCCACCGUCUCGGACGAGCCGGCGUUCAGCGGGAGCGCGUCGUCGUCGUCCGUCACCGCCGCGCCCUACUCGAGCGACCUGUGCAACGGGCAUCUGCCGACGCGCAGCAAGGCGGAGAAGAGGUCCUUCAAGCGCCGGCGCUCCAAGCAAGCUGACCAGCAACAGCAGCAGCAGCGGCACAGCUGGAACGGUUACCGUGGCGACGAGGGCGACGAGCUGCUGCCCGUGCCCAUCCCAGUGUCCGGCGGCGCCCUGCCCAUACUGGAGGACCUCAUCAAGGGCAAGCAGGAGCUGGGGGUUGGCAUGGGCACCUUCAGGGUGCAGACUGUCACCGGACACGUUUGAGUCACAUACACACACACACACACACAUAUACACGCAGCACAUCGUGCUCAAAUGAGCUUUGGCAGCGUCAAGCCCUGUCUUGAACACUUGUUGACCGUCACCUCGAGUACCGCGUGAAGUCACGGUGUGGGAGAGGAGGACGUUGUUUUCGUUCUCACCCAUGACCUGAGAUUUUGAUUUAUACUCUCUCUUUCUUUUUCUCUCUCUCUCUCUCUCUCUCUCUCUCUCUCUCUCGUUAUCACUCUCACUGUAUCUCUAAUGGCUGUGUCUGGUAAGCCUGGCCUGCCAUGACGCUCUCAAGCAGAGUGGAACUGACCCCAUGGGAACGGUCACCGGGGCAACGCCACCCCCCUCCCCUCACCCCACCCCCUAAACUCCACUACUCCCAUCUCCUGGAGAUGUGCCUUUUUUUCUCCGUUACAGAACGUGCAGACCACAGCGUGAAACUCCUUUUUACUUUUUACUUCUGUUUUGUUGCUUGGAGAGAUAUGCAAUGUGGAGGACACAUGUAAGACACAAGGGGCAAUUUAAUAAUGGUUUACUUUCUCUGUUUUUGAUUCAACAUUUCCCUUUCUUUCUCAAUGUCUCUCUCGCUCUCUCUCUCUCUCUCUCUCUCUCUCUCUCUCGUGGGAUAAGCACACAGCUCCAACAGUAUGUACAUCAGCAGAUAGCAUUCCGCCUUUGGAAGCCCAGACAGAGCAAAUGUCCCCACUGUCCCCUCCGUUUUACCCGCACUGUCACACGGACGACCAGAAGCAUGCAGGCAGCCGAAAUGCAUACGGCUCCAAACAAGACGAACAACUGUGCAGUAGGACUGUAAGAGUGAUACCCCCCCACCCCCAAAGUCUGCCCCCUGUCCACAGAUACAGCCUGAGGUCCACACUCAUCCAUCUGUUUGCCAAUGAUACUAACACUAUGACUCUUCUCCUCUCUGUAUGUGUGUGUGGGUUCUUUUUUUGAAGCUAAACAUUUUUGGUCUCAUUUGUCUGUCUGUUUCUCUCACUGACAUGAUGGGACACUAGCCUUGCUGCUGUCUGUCGUUGUCUGUUGUUGUUUCUUGGGACCAGAGAGUUGACCUUCUUCCUUCCGCACUGAGCCCCAGAUCUGUCAGAUGCUUUACGAGUGGAGCUGAAUGAAGAACCCAUCCAGUCUGUUAUAUGCACUUCUGUAUGAUGACCCUGAUGAUUAUCUGCACGGCUGUCUGUCUGUCUGUCUGUCUCUGUCUGUCUGUGUCUGUCUGUGUCAAGCUUCUAGUAGUGUUUCAUGAAUCGCCAUUGAGGCUUACAGAUGUCCAACAGAAUAGAUUGCCGAUACAAUUAAGUCCAGGCUGGGCCUGUACGUGAUCUCCGCACUCUGACAUGCACACUUAAAACAAUGCAACACAAACAUGUUUCACAAAAUACAUACAGUACACACACACACACACAAACUGAGGUAAGGGACUCCUUUUCCUCACAGGACCAAGUGGCGCCCUUGUGUCACACUCAAAUCUGGCCCUCACAUGCUGUGUUUCUUCACGUUCUUGUGUUGUUUUUGUUCAUGAGCGCCGCAUACGUCUACCAAAGACUCAAGAGAGUUUUUAGCGGACCACCACUUUCAAGUCCAAGCACUCAUGUAACACGUACACAAGGAUGGACACACACACACACACACACACGCGCACACACACACUUGCAUACAUGCCCUGCAGGGGACCCUUUGGCGAGCUGUUUUAUUUAUCUAUUUAUUUAUUUAAAUGUGUCUUGACCUGCCUGUGCUCAGAAAGGUCUUGGCCAAGCACAGUGCCAUGUGCCCAGCAACGUUGAUGAAGUUUACACACUCGCCUCAUCCACUUGGUUCUUUGGUACUCUCAAUAUAUACAAAAUCAGUGUACACACACACACACACACACACACACAGACCCAUCAAUGGUACACUUAGUUCCCUCUUCAGUGUCACAUUCUCACACAUUGUUCCAUCUAUUUAUUCGUAUUUAUAUUCAUUGUACUGAAAAAGUUGGAUUCUGUGGUCUUGGCUUAAAAAAAACAAAAUGCUGCUGCUUGUUUCUGUGAAAUCAUCAUAAACGGUUAUUUUGUUAGUGAUGUAUCUGCUCAUAUCAGGCAGGCCUCAGACAUUAAUUUUUAAGAGGUCUGGCCCAUGAAGCCCUACUGGGGAGGGGAGGAGUUGGAGGGCUGCUUUAAUAAGUGGUAGUUUAGAUUCAUUGUUUUUUCUUCUCUGGGUAUCGUUCUGAUGAGCUCUACGCAUCGAGACUGGGGCUCCUCUUGUUUUUCUUUUUCUCGAUCAUUCUAGCUGUUCUCCACAACUCUGACACUAACCCAGACUAACCCACCUAUCAGUUUGCCGCAAGCUCUUAAAACCUUCCCGUGCACUCCAAACAUCUUCUCAACCCCAUUUCAUCUGCAUGUGUGUGAGUGUAUUUCCCUGUUUAAAAAAAAAAAACAUUUCUGAACAACAAGGCUGUUGACUUCUUACUGUGAAUACAACCAUUUUGACCACUGAGCCCUGCAGGAUACGGAGACCAUGCUGGAUGGAAACGGGUCACAAUCAUGUGAUUUCAGUUCUCGUUGCAUAUAAAUAAUCUAUGGAACCCCCCACCCCACCCCAUUUCUUUGAAGCUGAUGGCACCCUCUUGUAUAAAAGCAGUAGAUUAAUAAUUCCGGUGUAUAUAGAAAAAAGGGAAAGACAAGGAUGAGAUUUGAAUGUACCACUCUGUGAUCGAAUGAGAGCAAUUCCACACAGUCAAAGGGGACUUUUAACUUCUUUUUUGUUUUUGUUUUUGUUUUUGUUUUCAGUUGUGAUUUGAGUUGUGAUUCUUUCCUGAGUGUAGAGACGGAGUAUCUUUGAGCUUUUUGGUGUUUGUGUGCAUGAAAGAUUGUCUGUGUGUGCGUGUGUAAAUGUCAUGUCAUAUGUUGUUUUUGUUUUCUUUUUCUCAGUUUGUAUGUAUGCGAGUGACCGAUGGAACAUCACAAUGUCCCCCCUAACCUGAACGAAUAGACAUGUGUCCCACAUUAGUUGGAUGUGGGGCCAAGUGUGCACUUUUAACGUACUCUUUUGCCUUUUUUUUUGUUUAUUUUGUUUCGUUUUUCUACACUAUACCUUGUACGUCAAGUGCUUUUCUUUCCAAGGUUUUCUCCCUGUGUGGCGCCACCUGGUGGCCCUUAGCUCAUAGUGUGCCAGCAGGGGGCCUGGAAAACACCCCAGAUUGCUGAGGGCAAGCUGCACAGUAUUGUGGAACAGGAGCAACUGUAACUACAAAGAUGUAGUGCCAUUAGAAACUGUGAAUUUCUAAAUAAAAAUUCUCUGUUGUCUUUAA